AUGUUGGUUUCCUACCUGCUGAAAGACAGGCUUAAGUUGUCACCCUCAGCAUCUCAAUUCGUGUCUUCAGUAGCAUUUUUCCCAUGGAGCAUAAAGCCAUUAUAUGGCAUGUACACUAUAUGCAGUAUCUUGUCUGAUUGUGUCCCAAUCAAAGGAAGAAGGAGGAUACCAUAUCUGAUGAUAGCAACAGUCCUCUCUCUCUUUCCAUGGCUCAUUUUGGGUCAAGAUUCAUGCAUAAGAAGCUCCAGGGUGCCCCUCAUGGUAUUUUUAACCGUGCAAAACCUAGGGUCUGCCAUGGCUGAUGUUGUGGUGGAUGCUAUGAUUGCUGAAGCAGUAAGAUUUGAACGGGCCUCAUUUGCUGGUGAUCUCCAGUCAAUUUCCUGGAUGACAAUGGCUUUGGGAGGGAUCUUUGGGAGUUUACUUGGAGGAUAUGCAUUGGCUAACUUAAAGAUAGAAAACAUUUUUCUUCUGUUUGCUGUUUUACCAUCUGUACAGUUACUUUCAUGCAUUUUGGUCAAAGAGAAUGUUGUAGGCAGUAGGGAUUUGCACGAGUAUCCUACUUCAAAUGAUUCCGAUGGCGCAAAUGGAAACAUCACUGAUCUAGAUUCAGACAGCUACUCAGAUAAGAAGUCCAAAACUAGCACUUCUAGGAGAAAGAAGAAUAAAAAAGGCAGACAAAAAAGAUCAAACGUCAGUGAGAAAUUUCAGAAUCAAGAAAAACAUGGCUCAUUGGUUUCUCAGUGGUUUGGUUCUCUGAAAAUGGCUACUUAUAGUCUUGCACGUGCAUUCAGACAACCUAUUAUCAUCAGGUUUAUGCCAUUUAUGAUUUUAUCAGGACAGCUUUGCCCUCCUGGGAUUGAAGGCACGCUAUUUGCCCUCUUCAUGUCGAUAAACAAUUUUGGGUCCACGUUGGGAUCAUUUGUAGGGGCUGGAUUGGCCUCGGCCCUAAACAUCUCUUCAGAGCGGCAUGGAGGCGGAGGAUCUUCACGAAUGGACCCCAUUUAG